UCCCAAUACUACAUCGACCUGACUUUGGUGAAAAUCUAUUUCGUUGAGCAAAAAAUCGGCCAGGACGUCUGGUUUCGGAUCAACUUUUAAAAACUCACCGACUAAAUCCCGGGGAUGCUUUCCACCGCCAUGGCUGAGGCAUUCCUCCCUGUACUUCUGACCAUUUUCUCUGCUAAAGGGGUCACGUUCAAAAUAUUGCUUCCAAAUGGAAUAGGCCAACGCUCGAGACACUAAAUACGAAUAGUAUUUAGCUCCGUAUCCCACAAGAUGACUGAAUCUCAGUUGCCAAGCCGUAUUCGGUACAUACGGCAAACAGUAAAAGUCUUUUUGUGUAUUAGCAAGCACCUCUGUAGUCGUUCCACUAAGAGGAUGCAUCCCAUGAUAUUUCUGAUCAAUAACAGCGUAAAAUAUCUGUAAUUGAGUUUCGCUGGCCGUAAACAAUCUUUUCGAAGCACACAACCUGCAAAAAUUAAUCCAUUUAAAUCUAGCACCAUUUUAUUACCAACCAAAAUCGCACCUGUGCAACAUAUCCUCAGACAUGGGCUGUUGAGUCUGAAAAUGCCUGGCGAAUUUCUUAAGCACCCUACGAUCCGAAGCGAAGUACUCCAUCAGUAUCGACGGUACCUCGGCGAAAUCCGUGCUGCAUCUAGUACCGCUCACGUGUUGGUACUUCGUUCGGGCCAGCAUGGAAUGCAUGGCAUGCCCCAUUUCGUGAAACAGAUUAUCCACCAUACUCGGACUCAAUAGAGAGGGACUCGACCAGCGAGGAGUCGGCAGGUUCAGCAUGAGCACUACAAUCGGCUGUUGGUAGGUACCAUUCGAUAAGUACCGUCCACCUCUAAUCGUGAAGUGGCAAUCUUGAUUCGGUUUUUCGGAGCGCUCGUAGAAAUCACAGUAUAUGUGGCCGAGGAGGCCUUCAGAUUCAUGUAUCACUGAGAGUUUAUAAACGUCUGGAGACCAAGUUUCACCUGAAAAUUAAUAAAUGUAAUAUAUAUGCAUCAAUAUUGUUGAUUUUUUUUUGGGUUUACCAGCAGAAAUAUCUGAAUUAAUCAACUGUACUCCAUACAACGCAUUAAACACUGUGCUAAGGCCAUCCAUGCAAGCUCCUAGCGAGAAAUAAGGCGAAUACUCUUUAGUAGAGACCCUAAACCAAUCUUUUUUCGCUUUAUGAGUGAAGUAAGGGACGUCCCAAGGCAUAACUGGACCAUUGCUUUUAUUCUCCGAUGCUUUCAUUUUGUUCAUGCAUUCGAAGUCUUUGUUCGAUUUAUCCCAAAUGUCUCGAGAUAAUUUCGUAAGAAAUGUCAUAACUUGUUCUGGGUAUUUGCAAAUUGAGCCCUUCAAAGCCCGAUGGCUGAAUGUCGAGAAGCCGCAUAACUUCGCCAACUCGUAUCUGCUCGAUAGCAUUUUGUUAAGGAUGUACUCCUGCUGGGGAUCCGGAUGUAGAAAUAUCUUGUAAGCCAUUUCUCUUGCGAUGGGAUCGACCGAAUCAGUGUAAAGUCCCGAUACUAAAAUUUAUAAGUGAUUAAUCAAGUAACAUUUAUACAAUAAGAAUAUUUAUUACCCACGAUAGUAUCUCCGUCGCUAUUUAAAAUAUUUCUCACGUUUGUAGGUAAAUUAUAUUUAUUAAUCAGUCUGGGCGUCGAGGAAUUCGCUACAAAUUGUUGUCCUAAGCUAAGAAUCUCGUCAGUUAGAGCCACUACUCUAUUCCUGUCGUCUUUGGGUUGUAAAAUAAACUCUUAAAAAGAUGGAUUUGGAUGAUACAAAUCUAGAGGAUUUAAAUGAUUCAAACGAUUCCGAAGAUUACGUACACAUAACUCCAGCAGAAGUACUGGAGCUAAUGGAAGAAACGUGGGUAAACGAAAAAUUCGCUCCGGAGAUUCUACCAAACAAAACCGAAGUAGUCGAUAUAAUACUGGAACAAAUAAAAUCGAUGGAAGUGAAUAUUAAAAAUCUCAGUAACGACGACUUUACAAAAAACAUUUAUCAGCUUGAAGUAGACAAACUCAGAUUUAUGGUAACCAGUUAUUUGAGAACUCGAUUAGAAAAAAUCGAAUCGUACGUUGUACACAUACUAAAGGAAGAAGAGAAGAGAGUGGAGAAAGGGGAAAGCAAAUAUUUAAGCGAGCAGGAAUACAAGUUUGCACAAGAUUACUCACGAUCGAUGGAUAGGUACUUCAAUAAAAUUAUGAACUUCUGUCCCAACUUAACUUCGGAUACUUGGUCUAGUAAAGUUAUCGAACCUAAUAAUAAUAGUUUUGUAUUCAUGAAGUCCAAAAAAACUAUUGAAGGACUGCCGAUAGAUAUUACCAAUGCUGAUAGUGAUUUAGUUGAUAUUAAGAGUGGUUCUCGAGUGAUUAUUUGUUAUAGUAGUAUAGAAGAAUUAGUGAAAAAUGGAGAUGUUAAUUUAAUAUAGACUUAAACACGAUCUACGUACUUCAUAGCAAAUCAAAAUUCUACAAUUAAUAGUUGCUGGUAUUUUAUUAUUGAAGGUUUGAAAAUAAUUAGCAAAUUCAAUAUAUAAAUGCGGUUAUUUUAUGGCUUUUUAUUUCCUCACUCCUGACCACUGUCAUCAUUGGCGAUCAGAAGCACUGUACAAAAAGUUGUAUAAUAAAUACUACUUUUUGUUUCUGCGAUACAAAUGAAUAUUACAACUAAUCACACAUCACUUUUAAUCUAAGUAUUUUGUUGCUUAAUAUUAUCUAAACGUCUUUCUAACAAUUAUCUUUACCACAUGUGAGUCUCCCGAAUCUCGCUGAUGAUGUGAG